AUGAAGAGGAAGGUAGGGCGCAUGCGAGGUGGGGUGCGCGGAGGUAGGGAGGAAGAUGAGGACGAGUUGGAUGAGGACGACUAUGCACUGUUGCAGGAGAGCGGUGUGGGGGGCUUUCACCGCCCCGCAAAGAAGGACAAGAAGUUUCGGAGGCUGAAGAAGGCGAGGCACAUGGGGGGCGACGAGGACGGGUUGCUGAUGGACGACGAGGAGGACGAGGAGGGUGGCAUGCGCGCGCAGCAGCGCGUUGAAAGGGAGAUCUUUGGGGAUGAGGACGAGGAGGGUGGCGUGCGCGCCCAGCAGCGCGUGGAGCGAGAGAUCUUUGGGGAUGAGGUGCCGUUUCGAUUGGGAAAGCAUAGGUUCUAUUUGCUCCUGGCCCAUGCAUCUCAACCUCUCUGCUCCCAGCAUUCCCUUCCCACGCUGCUGCUCCCCACCAUUCUGUGCACUCUUCGUUUUUGCCACUUUCCUCCUCUUCCCCACUUUCCCCGCUUUCCUCCUCUUCCCCGCUUUCCUCCUCUUCCCCACUUUCCUCCUCUUCCCCACUUUCCUCCUCUUCCCCACUUUCCUCCUCUUCCCCACUUUUCUCCUCUUCCCCACUUUCCUCCUCUUCCCCACUUUCCUCCUCUUCCCCACUUUCCUCCUCUUCCCCGCUUUCCUCCUCUUCCCCACUUCUUUCCCAUCUCUUUCCCCCUCCCCUUCCAACUUUCCUUCCCGGUCCCCUUCACCCUCCCCUUCCGAUCACUUUCCGCCUCCCCUUCCCAUCCCUUUCACACUCCCUUUCCCAUCGCAUUCCCCCUCCCGUCCCCCCUCUCCUUCCCACUCUCUCUCCCCCCCUCCCUCUCCUCUCCCCCUCCCCCUCCCCCUUCUUUCUCCCCAGACGUGCCUGAAGAUUUCCAGGAGAGGGAGGGCAGGGGCGAGGAGGAGGAGGAGGAGGAGGAGGAGGAGGACGAGGAGGAGGAGGACGAAAUGGCAGACUUCAUCGUGGAGGGCGGUGUGGACGACACAGAUGAGCACGGCCGGCGCCGCCGCAAGAAGAAGAAAAAGGGCACGCGCAUGCCAGGUGUCACCUCCGAGGCGCUUCUGGAGGCGCAGGAUAUUUUUGGUGACGGUGGGGAGGAGUAUGGGAGGGAGGGGGCGGGAGGGGCGUCGGCGCUGUCGAAGCAGUAUGAGCCGAGCUUGCUGGAGGCCAAGUACAUGACGGAGCGCGAUGAAGCCAUUCGGGCCAGAGAUGUUCCUGAGAGGCUGCAGCUGCUGGAGGAGGUGGUGGGUGUAAUCCCAGAAAAUGAGGACCAUCUGCCGGAAGCGGAGUGGAUCUACGAGCGCGUGUUCGGCUCCUUAGCCCCCGACCACCUGCGGCGCACUGAGUUCUCGUACGUCGCUGAUGCUGAGAGGCGGGCCGCCACGUGCGCAAGGGAGGACGUGGAGAAGUGCCGACGAGAGGCUGUGGCGGCGCGAGAUGGGGCGAUUGAGCAGAUUGCUGCUGUGCUGGAGGAGCUGCAUGACGCCAAAGUGGAGGUGCCGUACAUAGCGAUACACAAGAAGGCCAUCUGUCCCGCCCUCGUGGAGCAGGACAAGCUCGACGGGGAGCCGCAGCUGCAGACCUUCCAGGUACCCGCGCCCACCCUUGGAUUGGAUUUGCAGACCUUCCAGGCCCUAUGGGCCAUUCAGCAGUGGGACCGCCGCUGGUUACUCCUGCAGCGCCGCAAGCGCUCUCUCCGCUCCGCCUACGAGCGGCCGCGGGUGGACGAGGACGAAGAAGCAGAGCGCCAGCUCGCCAUGCAGGGGGUGCUUCACGCCCUCGACUGUGCGCUCUCCGAGCCCGCUGUAGAGGACGUAGACGCCAAAUUCAACUUGCAGUUUCCGCCAGAGGAGGCGGUGGCGGAGGAGGGCGGGAGAGGGGGUGGGGGGCAGCAGAGGCGGCCUCGGAAGCGGUCGAUGUACUCGGUGUGUCGGCGCGCGGGGCUCAAGGGAGUGGUGAAGCGCAUUGGGCUGUCGGCGUUCCAGCUGGGGGAGAAUUUGAUCUCCAUGUACAAGCAACACGAGGUGGAGGACACGGCACUGUCACCGGAGGAGGUAGCAACAGAAUACAUCUGUGCUGAGUUCCCCUCGCCUGCUCUCGUGCUCAGAGGCGCCCGCCACAUGGCGGAGGUGGAGAUAAGCAUAGAGCCCAAGGUGCGGGAGCACGUGAGGGAGAUAUUCAACAAGCGUGCCAUCGUCUCCACCAACCCCACCCCACGCGGCCGCCAGGUGAUCGACACGUUCCACCGCUUCGCAGGCAUCGAGCGACUCAAGGACAAGCCGGUGGGGGAGUUUCGGGACGACCAGUGGCUGCUGAUCGCCAAGGCGGAGUCGCAGGGGCUCGUUCAGGUGGAGCUGGGACUGCCGCCCGCCGUCGUGCAGGAGAACGUCAUCCAGGAGUUUGAGGCGGCCUACCUCUCAGACGGCGUCUCCCACUUCGCCUCACUCUGGAACGAGCAGCGCCGCACCAUUCUCCGGGCGGCAAUCGCCGCCCGGUUGCUGCCGACCAUGCACAAGGAGACGCGCCUGCUCCUCACCGGCCGCGCCAAGGCAUUCGUUGCCGAACAGUGCGCCCUCGCCCUCUGGAAACACGUCUCUGUUGCGCCCCUUGACAUCCGGGCCAAGGGGGGCGGGGGGGGCGGAGGGGGAGGGAUGGGGGGAGGCGGGGGAGGGGGCAUGCGGGGCGGCGGGGGGAGGGGAGGGAGGCAUGGGGGAGGGGAGGAGCACGGGGGAGGGGGGCAGCCGUGGCUGCGAGGGAGAUGGUGGAUUUUCUCCAUACUGGCUUCCUCUGUGCCCGCACCGGCCAGCCGAAAGGGGAUGCUGCUGCAGCGCUGGGGGGGGCUGCUGGGGAGGCAUGGGGGGAGCGGGGGGAGCGGGGGGGGGGGAGGGGGAGGGGGCGAGCAGCAGGUGAUGGUGAUGAAGAAGCGGGAGGAUGAGCGGCGGCUGAUGGCGUUUGUGAAGGAGCACAAGCCGCACGUCGUGGUCGUGGGGGGGGCUAACCUCGCGUGCGAAAGGCUCAAGGACGAAAUCUGGGAGGUGAUCUUCAAGAUCGUCGAGCACUUCCCUCGCGACCUCACAUCUGAUGUUGACAACGUCCGCGUGGUGUUUCAAGAUGAGACACUCGCUCUGCUCUACGAGAAUUCCGCCAUCUCUCAGGAGCACCUGCCCUCCCAGCCAGGCAUAGUGCGGCGCACGGUGGGGCUGGGGCGCUACAUGCAGAACCGGCUGGCGCUGGCAGCCUGCCUGUUUGGGCCGGCGAGGGAGGUGCUAUCUGCUAAGUUCCACCGCUCUCAGGACCUGCUGCCGUCCGAUGACGUGUACGACGCUCUUGAACGUGUCAUGGUUACCGUUACCAACCAGGUGGGAGUGGAUGUGAACUACGCGGCACAGGAGGCACAGGAUUGGCUCUUUGCGCCGCUGCAGUUCGUGUGUGGCCUCGGACCCAGGAAGGCCUCCACGCUUAAAGUGCGCAUACUGGGAGAGGGCGUGGUGCGGCGGCGCAAGGACCUCAUCGACCCGCCCUUCCUGCUCGACCAGGUCGUGUUCAUCAACGCAGCGGCGUUCAUCCGAGUCCGAGGGCAGGAUGACAUGCUAGAUGAUUCGAGAAUUCACCCAGCAGACUACCGCCUGGCGCUCAAAGUGGCCACUGACGGGUACUGCGAGGCUCACCGCGGCAUGACGCCGCACAGUGUGGAGGAGCGAGGCAUAGAUGUGGUCCUGGAGGCUCGGGACAACCCGGACUUGAUCCGCAGGCUCGAUUUCGAGGACUACGCGGUGAUGCUGGCUCGGAAGGGGCAGGGCGGGCUGAAGGAGAAACUGCUGCUGAUUCGCCGCGAGCUCAUGCACGGGUUUGCUGAGUGCCGGGUGAAGUUUGAGCAGCUGAACGCAGACGAGCAGUUCUGGCUGCUCAGUGGGGAGACGGAGGAGAGUCUGGCUGUGGGGAAGGUGGUGACUGCGACGGUGAAGCGCGUGCUGAAGUUCAAGGUGUUGUGUGCGUUGGAGAGCGGUGUCAUGGGCGAGGUGGAUCGGAGGGAUUUCAGUGAUGACCCGAAUGUGGAGCUGAGGGAUGUGGUGAGCGAGGGGCAGCCGCUGACAUGCCGCAUCAAGGAAGUGAAGACGGAGGAGGCUAAGGUGAUCCUGACGUGCAAGGGCAGCGACCUGAGGAGCAGCGAGUGGAGGGAGAUGCGGCAGUGGGACCCGUACUACCAGCGCGCUGCAGUGGAGCAGGAGGAGCAGGCGGCAACGGAGGAGAGGAAGCGCAAGGAGGAGGAGAAGCGCAAGACCGCCUUCCGCCCCCGCAUGAUCACCUACCCGCUCUUCCACAACGUGUCGCUGGAGGGCGCCAAGAAGGUCCUGGCGGACAAAGAUAUAGGCAGUGUGGUGAUCCGUCCCAGCAGCCGCGGCCCCACGCAUCUGAGCAUCACCAUGAAGCUGCCGGACGGCGCAUUCACACACGUGGACGUGCACGAGGGCGGCAAGGACCGUACCAGCGCCACCAGCUUCCUGCGCCUCGGCCGCACCUUGACUAUUGGGGACGAGAGCUAUGAGGACCUGGACGAGGUCAUGGCGCGGUACAUCGAGCCCUUGGCAGCGCGCAUGCGAGACAUGGCAGCCUACCGCAAGUUCCGCCUUGGAUCCAAAGCCGACAUGGACGCCCUUGUGCGCUCCGACAAGGAGCGAGAGCCCGCGCGCAUCCCCUACUACCUCUCGCUCUCCCACGACCACCCCGGCGCCUUCAUGCUCACCUACAUCCGCUCCGCCUCUGUCUCUGGCCGCCCCGUGCAUGAGUAUAUCACCGUUUCGCCUGAAGGGUUUCGGUUCAGGAAGCACACUUUCCCGUCGCCGGACCGACUGGUGAAGUAUUUCCAGGCGCAUUUCAAUGAUCCGUGCCGGCAGGUGGGAGGGGUGGUCGGUGGGAUCAAGCUGGGUCGGGUGGUUGGGGGACUGCGGGAGGUGGUGGGGAGAAGGUUGGAUGGGGGGGAGGGGUGUGGAGUGCGGGAGGGGGGGAGCAGGGAGGGGGGCAAGUGUGGCAGUCUGGGGGUGGGGGUGGGGGUGGGAGUGGGUGGCAGAAUGCAGGUGGUUGGGGUGGUGAGGGAGGAGGCGGGGGAGGAGGGGGGUGGGGAGCUGGGAGUGGUGGUGGGUCGGGAGCGUGGGGAGCUGGAGGGGCUGAUAGGGGGGGUGCGAAACAUGGCAUCCUCGCUCGCCAGCUGUCCGCCAAAGGUCACCAGCAGCGUCGCAGCACCCGUCGCAGGCGACAGGGGCAGCGCGGUCGCAUCGAGCAAUGCGGCGGUCGCGGUGCCAUUCGUCGGCCUCAAGGCCGGCAAGGAUCUUCCCGGCGCCGCCAAGGCUUCUCAGGCGAAGAAAUCCGCUGACCGCAAGAUGCGGACCGUGUCGCGAUCAGUCGCCGCUGGACGCUCGCCCGUGAUCUGCAUGGCUGAUGGAGGCCGCGAGGUACCGCUGGAGGACUACCGCAACAUCGGCAUCAUGGCGCACAUCGACGCGGGCAAGACGACGACGACGGAGCGCGUGCUGUUCUACACGGGCAAGAACUACAAGAUCGGCGAAGUGCACGAGGGCACCGCCACCAUGGACUGGAUGGAGCAGGAGCAAGAGCGCGGCAUCACGAUCACGUCCGCUGCGACGACGUGCAUGUGGAAAAACCACCGGAUCAACAUCAUCGACACGCCCGGCCACGUCGACUUCACGCUCGAGGUGGAGCGCGCGCUGCGCGUGCUCGACGGCGCCAUCUGCCUCUUCGACUCCGUCGCCGGCGUUGAGCCCCAAUCCGAGACGGUGUGGCGGCAGGCGGACAAGUACGGAGUGCCGCGCAUCUGCUUCGUGAACAAGAUGGACCGCCUGGGCGCCAACUUCUACCGCACGCGCGACAUGAUCGUCAGCAACCUGGGCGCCAACCCGCUGGUGCUGCAGCUGCCCAUCGGCGCGGAGGACGCGUUCCAGGGCGUCGUGGACCUCGUGAAGAUGAAGGCCAUCGUGUGGACGGGCGAGGAGCUGGGCGCCGCCUUCGAGUACCGCGACAUUCCCGAGGACCUCCAGGAGAAGGCCGCCGAGUACCGCGCGCAGCUCGUCGAGUCGGUCGUGGAGCUGGACGACGACGCCAUGGAGGCGUACCUGGAGGGCGAGGAGCCGGACGAAGCCACGCUCAAGCGCCUCAUCCGCAAGGGCACUAUCGCGUCGGCGUUUGUCCCGGUGCUGUGCGGUACGGCGUUCAAGAACAAGGGCGUGCAGCCGCUGCUGGACGCUGUCAUCGACUACCUCCCCUCCCCGCUCGACCUCCCGCCCAUGAAGGGUUCCGACCCGGAGGAUCCCGAGAAGGCCCUCGACCGCCCCCCUAGCGACUCCGCUCCGUUCUCCGGGCUCGCGUUUAAGAUCAUGACUGAUACGUUUGUCGGGUCGCUGACGUUCGUGCGAGUUUACUCGGGCGUGCUGACCGCCGGGACGUACGUGCUGAACGCGAACAAGAACCGCAAGGAGCGGAUCGGACGGCUGCUGGAGAUGCACGCAAACUCGCGCGAGGAUAUCAAGAUCGCGCGCACGGGCGACAUCAUCGCACUCGCAGGGCUCAAGGAUACGAUCACGGGCGAAACGUUGUGCGACCCUGACGCCCCCGUUGUCCUUGAGCGCAUGGACUUCCCGGAUCCAGUUAUUAAGGUCGCUAUCGAGCCUAAGACUAAGGCGGAUGUGGAUAAGAUGGCGAACGGGCUGAUUAAGCUUGCGCAGGAGGACCCGUCGUUCCAUUUCUCUCGUGACGAGGAGACGAAUCAGACGGUCAUUGAGGGAAUGGGGGAGCUGCAUCUGGAGAUUAUUGUCGAUAGGCUGAAGCGCGAAUUUAAGGUGGAUGCUAAUGUGGGCGCGCCGCAGGUUAACUACCGUGAGAGCAUUGGCCGGCCGGUGGAGGUGAAGUACACGCACAAGAAGCAGUCGGGCGGGCAGGGCCAAUUCGCGGAGGUGGUGAUUAAGUUUGAGCCGCUGGAGCCGGGCAGCGGGUACGAGUUUAAGAGCGAGAUUAAGGGCGGGACCGUGCCCAAGGAGUAUGUGCCGGGCGUGGUGAAGGGGCUCGAGGAGUGCAUGAGCAGCGGCGUGCUCGCUGGCUUCCCUGUCGUGGACGUGCGCGCCACCCUCAUCGAGGGCUCCUACCAUGAGGUGGACUCUAGUGUGCUGGCGUUCCAGCUGGCGGCGCGCGGGGCGUUCAAGGAGGGUAUGGGCAAGGCCUCGCCGCGGCUGCUGGAGCCGGUGAUGAAGGUGGAGGUGGUGACGCCCGAGGACCACAUGGGUGAUGUCAUCGGUGACCUCAACUCGCGCCGUGGGCAGAUCAACUCCUUUGGAGACAAGCCGGGCGGCAUGAAGGUGGUGGAUGCGCUGGUGCCGCUGUCAGAGAUGUUCAACUACGUGUCGAACCUGCGCGGCAUGACCAAGGGGCGAGCCAACUACACGAUGCAGCUCGCACAGUUUGACAUCGUCCCCACCAACAUCCAGAACCAAAUCACCGCCAAGGCACAGGGCACCGCUGUCUAA